GAGUAAGGACUCCAAAGCGCUUUACACUAUCAUUCAUCCAUUCACACACUGAUGGUGAUGAGCCACAAUGUGGCCACAGCUGCCCUGAGGCGCACUGACAGGCGAGGCUGCCGAGCACAGGCGCCACCGGUCCCUCCCACUACCAUCAGCAGGAAAGGUGGGUUGUGUCUUGCCCAAGGACACAACAGCAGAAUUCAGGGUUUGGAGAGCUGGUUUUCAGCUUCAAAGCGCACUGGAAAUGCGCAGAGAUCAUUUAGGUCCGUGUGUUUUACAUGCGUACUUAUUUGUGUAAUUUGACUUUGGUACUAAUUUACGUAGAAGUCGGAAACCGUUUGGGUUACCUCUAGUGCAGAGAUCACUGAAGGCGGGGGUUUGCGCAUCCAGCGUGCGUAAUGACGCACGGCUCUGUCACUCUUUAGCUUUUGUAAAAGCCGCCACCCAUAGUGGGCUCCUAAGAUACAUGUUCUGUGAUGUUAUGUAAAGGUGUCUUACAUGAUCAACAUUUUAAAGUAUGUCAUUAGUUUUUAUAUUGUUGCAGCCUCACUGGGAUUUUAUUGUCGCUGUUAAAAAGUAACGUUUUAACCUAAAUUAAAUUUGACCUGAUAUUAAAUACUGGAUGGGACAAAAGAAAACAUGACUUUUGUGGUUUUUUUUCCAAUUUGUUUUCUCAUGACUGUCUUUAAAUCAUGACUCCAGUUCAAAAGAAAAUUUUACAAUUAUUUUUAUUUAUUUUAGUGUCUUCCAAAAAGUUCUAGCUUUUUCUGUUUUCUUCUCUGUUGUCUUGUUAUUUAUAUUUUAAUUUCUCUAUAGUCUGUUUUCAUAAGUCACUGUCUGGUCCUUACGCCGAUAAUGUCAGAUUUCUUCAUAAAACAGCUGCUGUUUGUAACAUUUUGUUUAUGUUGCCUGGACACGGUGUGGAUGGUUACACCAUGCAGCUCCACGUGGGCAGUCCUACCUUUUGUUAUUCAGAUUGCGCGCAUCCGCCCAUUUAUGCCAAAUCUUUAAAAGUUCUGGUUUCCGACGGUCCAAUCAAUUUUUCAUAACUUCCACUCACAACACUGACAGCUUUAUUUUAUUUCGCUUGGCUUUUGUUGUAAAAUGUUCUCUAAUCCUCAUUAGCACUAAGAUCAAACUCAGAAGUAAAUGUGUUUUUUUAUUUGAACAGCUCACCUGAAACGAUUCCAGAGGAAAGAUUUGGAAACAGUCGCGCUGAAAACUCGGAUUUUUUGAAUUCUUGAUUUUUUUGGUAACCCCUUGCUUCGGGUUCUUUCUUUUUUAGACAAUGAAUGGUUGGCACAGUAAUUUCAGCUGAUGUCUUUGAAACGCAUGGGAGUUAGAGUGGACGUCAAGGAUCACCAAGGACUGAAACGCAAUCUCUCAUUUAAUGCGACUCAGAGAGCUUAUUAGACGUGCAGAUAUUUGUGUGUGAAGUGUGUUUCAGGUUCAGGCCUACAAGGUGAAACUGGCUUCUAUCAAGCCCAUCCUCAGUGAGGCUGGACAUCGGAACUGUGCGUAACCACUGAGCCGGACCUUCAAGAUUGAAUUCAUGUUUGGCUCACUUUGUAUCCGUCUGAUUCAGCACCUUGUCGGAAACGCACCUGGCCUCCCCCUCAUGCACUUAUAGGGCACAGCUCUGGCUUUUCUCCUAGCACUGCGAUUAUUGCACAAAACUCUCAAUCAUGGUGGAGCACGGUGGUCUGAAUAUUCUGAGGCUGAACAAGUACCGUCGCAGCUCCUCGUCCUCUCCCAGCUCCAUGAGACAAAAGAGGACUUUCGGCAACCUAAACAUCCGUUUGUCGAGUGAAUACCCGAAGAAGAAUGCGGAGUUCCUCAGCGGACAGUACGGUACCAAUCUGCUGCUGAUCGGGGUGGCGUUGAUGCUGGCCAUCUCCCAACAUGAGCCCUCCGUGAAGGAAGAGGACCUGCUAUCCUUCGCCACCGGCUUGAUGGUUCUCCAGCUGAUCUGGAUGACGUGGUACAUCCUGGUGCGGCACAGGCAGAGCAGCACACGCACAGAGAGGGACGUCAAUGCCACCACAUGCUGGAUCAGAGGUGGUUUGACUCUUCUUGCAAUCGUCUCAUUGAUCAUGGACGCACUCCGAAUCGGUUACUUUGUCGGGUACCGGUCCUGCGUCUCCGCCAUGCUGGCGGUAUAUCCCGUCAUUCAUGCAACUCACACCGUAGCGCAGGUUCAUUUUCUUUGGUUUCACAUCAAGGAUGUCAUCAAGAGCAAUGAAACCUUUGAGAGAUUUGGUGUAAUUCAUGCAGUCUUUACCAACCUCCUCCUGUGGUGCAACGGUGUGAUGUCAGAGACCGAGCACUUCAUGAACAAUCAUGUUAGAAGACUAACUGCCAUGGGAUUUGAAAAUAUCACUCUAGGUGAGACAGAGCCCCUAUGCAACUGCACCACAAACAUAUGCAACCUGUUCUCUGAAAGCAUGACAUAUCUCUUCCCGUUCAACAUUGAGUACCACAUCUUUGUGUCUGCCUUGCUUUUUGUCAUGUGGAAGAACAUUGGACGCACCAUUGACAUUGACUCCAACAGAAAAAGUCUGGUCACCAAAACCCAGGGUUUGACUGUAGGCCCCUUUGUGGGCCUUGUGGCUCUGGCCAGCACUAUUGGAAUACUGGUGGUCUACAUUACACGUGUCGAGGGCUCUAUUGAGUUACGUUACUCAGCCAUUUCCAUGUACUACAUUUAUGGCAUUGUUAUGCUGGCAGUAAUGUGCAUCACCGGUGCUGUCGGUCUGCUCAUAUAUCGAGUGAACCACAAGCCGUUUGACACGGCCAAGAAUCCUUCAAGGCAGCUGGACACAGAGCUGCUGUUUGGGUCCUCUGUGGGCUCCUGGUUCUUGUCCUGGUGCAGUAUAGUGUCUGUGUUAAGCACCAGCAGCAACCCGCCCUUCCGCUGGACCAACCUGGUCUACUCUCUCCUGGUUGUGAUGGAAAAGUACCUCCAGAACCUCUUCAUUAUUGAGUCCCUUUAUCGCCAGCAAGAGAGUGCAGAGGGGGGAGACCCAGAGAUGGCAUCCGGUGCGGAAGUUUUCUCAGUGACUACAUCUCUGCCACCGCCACUCAACGGGAUUGUCAAUCAGGCUUUUGAGAGCCCUGGUGGUGCCUGCGUUUCCAUGGAGACUGAGCAGGAAGAGAAUGCCCAAGUCUACGACUGUCAGAGGAAGCAGUCGAAUGUGCCGCUGCCAGUUCACACUGAGGUCGUAGAACCUCUAAAUAUCAAAAGACUAAUUCUGAAGAACAUCUCUAUUUUAUUGCUCAUGUGCAACAUUUCGUUGUGGAUCCUUCCUGCCUUUGGUUGCAGGCCACAGUACGACAACGGACUUGAACAGGAAACAUUUGGUUUCUCCGCUUGGACCACAGUUCUCAAUUUUGCCGUUCCUCUGAGCCUUUUCUACCGCAUGCACUCAGUAGCCUCCCUCUUCGAAGUUUUUCGUCGGGUCUGACUGGAAAGCAAACAAAUGACACUGACAGGAUUCACAGGAACCUCGAGGUUGUGUCUCAGCAUGGGUCAGCUGUUCAGGAGGCAGUCAGGGCCACUCGGCUGCAGACUGGAGAGUAAGCCAUGGAGACAAACUAAAGGAAGGUUCUCAGUGUGAAGAUGAAAGAGGAAUUUCCUUGAAGAUUUAUGCUGUAAACCAAAAAGCUUACUAGACAUGGUGAUGAGAAGAAUCCUCGUUUUAGGUUUUUUGUUCUCAUAUUUGAAGUUUUUUAGCAGGUGGACCAUAUUCAUCAUAGACUAAAUAUGCUUCAUCUAAAAUGCACACUUUAAAAUGUUACUUUUUACUGAUUGAAGGUAGUUUUAUGAAAAAGAUUUGAUUACAAUAUCUGACAGUAAGAGCUCAGCCACUGUACCGACUGUGUACGGAUAAAGUUCUCAAUGAAUCAUCUUGGUACUUUACUUCGUGUAGCGUAGUAGAACCGUGCUCACACUUGAACAGAAUGACUUGUUACAAUUUUUAUCAUUGUAUCGGUAACAGUUUUUCAGGCAAAUCUUAGUUCUCAGAAGAUGUUCAUUCUUCUCUCAGCUGCAGAACAUUCAUCAGGUUCCUAAAGCAUCCUAAAACCCUUUGAGCUGAUGUAAAGAAAACAUUUCUCAAACAGCUUCCUUUUUAACUUUCCUUCAGUAUGUAAUCAUCAGGACAUGAAAAACAUGAGAAAGCACAUAUGCCACUGACUUCUCAUGAGAGACAGUUGUUUACCCGUCAAAGAACCAACAGUUAAAUCCACACAGUCUGUGACAAAACUUUGCACUGUACAUUUAUAAGAAUUUUACAUGAAAUUUCAUUCGGGUGUCUUGCAAGUUCUCACCCUUCCAGUUCUCUGUAUGUGCCAAGUUUAGGAAACAAAAUCUCCCUUUCUCUCUUUUUUGGGGUCAUUUUAAGAGAAUGUUAUGUAUUUGUAAAAACUGUUUAAUUGAUCAAAAUCUCUCAGAUGCUGUGAGAAAUUCUAUGUAUUUUCAAAGAAAUUGUGAUGAAAAAGAUGUAAACAGAUGUCCG